AUGAAUAACCGCGCAGACAUGGUACUAGCCAAGUUCUCAAGCCACCUGUCAAUGAUAAAGAUAUGUGGGUGGGAUCAAGGAGACGAGAAAGCGGCCCGUUUAUUAGGGAAACUCAAAGAGCAAGAGAAGCAACUCCAAGACCUGUUUAGGAAGCUUGGCGGCAUUCAAUCUGUAGAGAUCAAGGCAGAGUGGGAUGAAUUGAUUAAAUAUAUCGACGAAGAAACCAAGGCAGAGAACAUGCCAACCGACGACAAGGACACGUUCCUCAAGAAAGUCCAGACCCUCAGUGAUUACAUCACCCCAAAGAUACAAGCUCUUGAAAGUGCCAUUACGGAAUCCCAGACGACCGGGGUGGCUCCCGCAGCCUAG